GGGCGCGUCCGCAGCUGCCGGAGUCCCGGGAUCUCCCUGCGUGUCCCUCGCGGUCCCCGCGCUCUCGCCCCACCAUGCUCCUGCUUUUAGGGCUGUGCUUGGGGCUUUCUCUCUGCGCAGGGUCGCAGGAAGAGGCACGGAGCUGGGAUGACACUUCGGAGCAAGUUGGACUCAGGGUCCCCAGGCAACUCAGGCUGCUGCAGAGGCUGAAAACCAAGCCCUUGAUGACAGAAUUCUCGGUGAAGUCCACCAUUAUUUCUCGUUACGCCUUCACUACAGUCUCCUGCAGGAUGCUGAACAGGGCUUCUGAGGACCAGGAUGCUGAGUUCCAGAUGCAGAUUCCAGCUUCAGCUUUCAUCACCAACUUCACCAUGAUUAUUGGAGAAAAGGUGUAUCAGGGUGAAAUUACAGAAAAAGAGAAGAAAAAUGGUGAUAGGGUAAAAGGGAAAAGGAAUACAACCACAGAAGAAAAUGAAGAGAAGGGGGCUGAUACGUUCAGAGCUUCUCUAGUGAUUCCCAGCAAGGACAAAGCCAUCUUCCUCCUGAGUUAUGAAGAACUUCUGCAGAGAAGGCUUGGGAAGUAUGAGCACGUCAUCAGUGUGCGACCCCAGCAGCUGAUUGGGAGACUGAAUGUGGAAGUGAAUGUUCUGGAGAGGUCAGGCAUCACGUCCUUGGAGGUGCCCCCACUUCACAACAGCAGGCAGAAGGGCAGUGGGAGAGGGGAAGAUGAUUUGGGGCCACCUCCUUCUACUGCUAUCAACCAAAAUGAAACUUUUGCCAAGGUCGUUUUUAAGCCUACUGUGGUACAACAAGCCAAGAUUGCCCAGAAUGGAAUUUUGGGAGAUUUCAUCAUUCGAUAUGAUGUCAAUAGAGAAAAGAGCAUUGGAGACAUCCAGGUUCUAAAUGGCUAUUUUGUGCACUACUUUGCUCCCAAAGACCUUCCUCCUUUGCCCAAGAAUGUGGUUUUUGUUCUUGACACCAGUGCCUCUAUGGUGGGAACCAAACUCCGGCAGACCAAGGAUGCCCUCUUCACCAUUCUCCAUGACCUCCGGCCCCAGGACCGCUUCAGUAUCAUUGGGUUUUCCAACCGGAUCAAAGUGUGGAAGGACCACUUGCUGUCAGUUACUCCCCUCAACAUCAGGGAUGGCAAGAUCCACAUUCACCAUAUGUCACCCAGUGGAGGCACAGACAUCAACGGUGCCCUUCAGACAGCCAUCGGGCUGCUCAACAAUUAUGUGACCCACAACGACAUCGAGGACCGGAGUGUGUCCCUCAUCAUCUUCUUGACAGAUGGGAAGCCCACCGUUGGGGAGACCCACACCCUCAAGAUUCUCAACAACACCAAGGAGGCCGCCCGAGGUCGGAUCUGUAUCUUCACCAUCGGCAUUGGGAAUGAUGUGGACUUCAAACUGCUGGAGAAACUGUCGCUGGAGAACUGUGGCCUCACCCGGCGCGUGCAUGAGGAGGAGGACGCUGGCUCGCAGCUCAUCGGGUUCUACGAUGAGAUCAGGACACCCCUCCUUUCUGACAUCCGCAUCGACUAUCCCCCUGGUAUAGUGGAGCAUGCCACCAAAACUCUGUUCCCCAACUAUUUCAACGGCUCAGAGAUCAUCAUCGCGGGGAAGCUGGCGGACAGGAAGGUGGAGCAGUUGCCCGUGGAGGUCACCGCCAGCAACAGUAAGAAAUUCGUCAUGCUGAAGACGAAGGUGCCCGUGGAGCCCCAGAAAGUGGGGAAUGAUGUCCCAGGAAGCCCCAGGCCCAAAGGUGAUGGCCAGGGGGACCCCAACCACAUCAAGCGUCUCUGGAGCUACCUCACCGUGAAGGAGCUGCUGAGCUCUUGGGUGCAGAGUAAUGAUGAGCAGGAGAAGGAGCAGCUGAGGCAGAGGGCCCAGGCGUUGGCCGUGAACUAUCAUUUCCUCACCCCCUUCACAUCCAUGAAGCUCAAGAAGCCGACUCUCCACACUGGUGGGCUGGAGGACAUCCAUGGCAUGUCUGCUGCCACAGGCCCUGAGAUGGUGAUGCAGAGCCUGCGAGGAGCCGGCCUGCAGCCAGGGCCCACUCUCAAGAAACCAUAUGACCCAAGAAUCAAAAUCUCUAAAACAUCAGUGGAUGGUGACCCCCAUUUUGUGGUGGACUUCCCCCUGAGCAAACUCACCGUCUGCUUCAACAUCGAUGGGCAGCCUGGGGACAUCCUCCGGCUGGUCUCUGAUCACGUGCACUCUGGUGUGACAGUGAAUGGAGAGUUAAUCGGGGCCCCCGCCCCACCUAGUGGUCACAAGAAGCAGCGCACCUACUUCCGCACCAUCACCAUCCUCAUCAACAAGCCGGAGAGAUCAUACCUGGAGAUCACACCCAACAGGGUCAUCCUGGAUGGUGGCGACAGGCUGGUCCUUCCCUGCAACCAGAGCGUAGUGGUGGGGAGCCGGGGGCUGGAGGUGUCUGUGUCUGCCAACGCUAACGUCACUGUCACCAUCCAGGGCACUAUUGCUUUUGUCAUCCUCAUUCACCUCUACAAAAACCCAGCGCCCUUCCAGAGAAACCACCUUGGCUUCUACAUCUCCAACAGCAGGGGCCUUUCUAGCAACUGCCACGGUCUCUUAGGUCAGUUCCUGAACCAGGAUGCCAAACUCACACAGGAGCCUGCAGGGCACAGCAAGAAUCUUACCAAUUCUCCACUCCCGCCAGCAGGAGGGACUUCUGAGACCAUCCUAAAGGUGAAAGGGCACCGAGUCCCAGUGGUGUGGAAACAAAGGAAGAUUUACAACGGGGAGGAGCAGAUAGACUGCUGGUUUGCCAGGAACAAUGCCGCCAAACUGAUUGAUGGGGAGUAUAAAGAUUACCUGGCAUCUCAUCCGUUUGACACAGAGAUGACAUUGGGAUCCGAAACCAGCAGCCUUAAUUCAUAAGAGCACGUGAAACGGAAGUGACUUUGGGGGCCGCAGUGGGGCAACUCUUCUUGUUGCUUGUGCACACCUGGUUCUUGCAGUGAGCUGCGCUCCAGAGCCUAACCCUGCUGGGGUGGAGCUCUGGUGUCUGCUUGGGCAAGGGGCUGGGGCAGGAAGCUCUAGAGAAAAUAUUGUUUCUUUCUCCUUCCUCUCUCCCUUGCCCCCGCCCCCAUCUACAGUAGAGGAAAAUGGUAGUGCCAAGGAGAGAAAGGUCAUAUUUAAGAGCAAGAAAGUUUGUAUCAUAUACCAUCUGUCUCUCCCAUCUUGUAGCCUACCAAACAGUAACCUUUUCUGAUGAUGCGAGGUUGCUUGAAAGGGUUUUCUCUGUAGAAACAGCCAAGUGCAGGCCCUCUGCUUUUUGCCUUAUAUUCAUGCAUAGAAAUCUCUUCCCUGCCCCCACCCAUUGACCCUGGGCCACAGGCCAUACAGACAAAACACACAUUGGAUCAUUUAAACAAUUAAAUCUUUUUUUAGGAGAGGAUUUUCCUCUGCUGUGGAAUCUUACUCAUUAAAAUUAAUUUCAUUUUUAAAUUUUUAAAAACAAAUUUAAAAAUAUUUUUUUAAAUGUAGAAACAUGUACAUCCCAGAUACCAAUCUCUUUCCUUUUAAAGAGCUUUAUAAACCACUUGUUUUUGCUGGUGAAUAUUGGUGCAAUUUAUUCCAAUAAGCUGAGUGCUUUUGAUAAACAGGAAAACCCCACGUGGAUAGUGUUUAUUGGGCCGUCUUGGUGCUGGGGAGUUGGCCAGUUGAAAGGCAAAUUGUUAGCUUGGAACUCUUCAGUCUCUGUCAGGAUUUCUGGGCCAUUUUUGACUUCACCGUCCAGGAGCUGAGGGAGGGCUCUGGCAUGGCGCUGGCCUGUAAGGUAGACCUGGCUCAGAGGGAGCCCGGGUGUAGGAAGAAUCAGCUUGCAUGUUGUCAGUAGGAAAGGCACACAUGUCAGAAAACCUAAUGGACUUCCCACUUCUUAGAUGGGCAAAAGCCAGGAAACCAGCAUGAGCAGGGAGCGUUGGUUCCAGAACUUGGGCAAACCUGAUCCCCUAAGGAAAGUGUUAAAAUCAGAGGGGCUACAAAAAAAAAGGCAUUUCCUUCCGAAUGCCCUUCGUAAAGCCUGGCCAUAUCACCAAGGGGAACGAGGUGUGAUGGGCAGAGAGCCUCUGUGCUCCUCUUUGUAGCACUUCUCAUUCUGCUGGGCUUGGUCUUCUCAGAGUCACUGGUUGGAAGCAGAUGGACACAGUGGGCAGUUGAGCCAAACAGCAGAGAAAGACAGACUGUGGUCAGGGAAACAGCAUAUUUUGAUGUGGGACAGAGUGAAAGGUUUUGUACGCGCUCACGUGGGGUUUCCUCCGUCCGGCCUGGUGCCAGGGCAGCCUCUGCAUGAAACGGGAAGGCAUGCGCAGCACCUGAGAGACCACCGAGCGGAGAAAAUUGUUUAUCGUAUUUACCUUCCUGUGGGAAACAUCCGUGCAGUGAAAUGACAUCCUCAUGCUCCCAUCAGAGGCUGGAUUCGGAAGCCAGUUAGCGCCAGGUGAUGGUACCGUCCCUCUCAGGGCCUCCUUCUGUCUGCACUUACCCACCCACCUGACCACGGCCUGUCAGCUGUGUUAUUUAUCUGGCUCCCAUCUUACCAAACUCAGCUGUCUGCUUUCCUGCCACAUAGGAAAACAUAUGACAGAUGUUUCCAUAUUUUAAAGCUCAGAAAAAGAGGAGGGACACAAGCCAGGGCUGACCAGUGCCGUCCUGGUCAGAUUCCCUGGACCUUCCAUUAUAUAAAUCCCAGCUGAGCAGACAACACUAAUGCCAAGAGGCCCAGGCCCCUAUGCUGCACGUGGGGCGAUGGUCUGUUGUUCCAGGUGUUGGCCUCACACUGGAGAGAGAAGGAUGUCAUUAGGCAAGCCCGGUCACUACUACAGCAGAGAAACAUAUUCCAAUGAGAAACUCAGCAGUAACUGUCCAGCUCAGACCAAAAAAAAAAAAAAAUUACUGUAUCAAAGAGGAGCUUUUAAAGUUAUGUUUUUACUUUAGACAAACACCAGUCCUGUUUCUCUGCUUUAGUUGUAGAUCAUUCUUUAUUUGCAGAAGGUAUUUAUCAUUGAAUUUUCUGUUGGAGCUGGAAAUUCAUAUCUGUGAGUACAAAACCCCACACCAGUAUAAUAUGUAGGACUUUUUAAUUUGGUUGGAAAAUGUGCUUUUUUUAAAAAAUUAGCCACAUGUAUUAUAAAUGACAAGCUCUUUAAAGCAAAUGCAGAGAAAAAGAGGAAUUCUCUUGUCAGACAGAGAAACUAAGGCAGGGUGCAGUUGAGUGAUUUUGCUAAAAGGCUUAGAGCAGGGGGAGGCUGAACUGCCUGAAUCCAUUUUGUUAGCUUUGACAUUUUUUCACCAUCUGGUCAAUCAUUUAUUUUCCUUCUGCUUUUUUUUUUAAAAAAAAAUACUGGAAGGUUAUUAAAUGAGUAAUUGAAUGGAACUGAGAAAAAUGUUGAAGUUAGAGGAGAUAAAUCUCCCUGUUAUCGUAAUAGCUCAUGUUAAUGAGUCAUAAUGGAUCUUGAGCAAGUCCACAUCUCUGGGUUCCAACCUCCUCCCUCCUCUAACAGAGGCCUCUGAAUGGGUCAUCUUUAGGGGUCUACUAAUUUAAAGUUUCAUAUCCCCCAAAUAAAACGGGCUGAGCAUUCCCUGUCUGCCAUGCCUGGUGCCUUAUCUUCCUCUGUCUGACUUGGGUGUGAUUUUCCCCUGCAGGCUAGAGGGUGAGGUGUUUGGGAGGACAGACCAGCACAACACUCCAUCAGAGCUGGCCAGCUGUGAGGGAGGAUGCUGAGGACUGAGGAUGCAGGGGACUUGGGGAGAACUCCUCUUUGGUCCCAUAUCAGGAGGAACAUAAAAUAUUUACUUGAAUCGUGCCUUUAUAGGUGGAUUAGGAACAGGAUUCUCUAUAUUUUGGCCUAACUGACUGCUGUGGAACAAAUUCCUGUGUUCUUCCAAAAUUUGUAUGUUAAAGCCUAAGUUCUCAAUGUGAUAGUGCUUGGAGGUGGGCUCUUUCAGAAGUGAUUAGGUCCUGAGGACAGAGCCCUCAGGGAUGGGAUUAAGGCUCUUCUAAGAAGAGACAAGAGAGAUCAUCUCUCUUGCUUCUGCCAUGUAAGAGUAGAAUGUUUGUAGGCCAGGAAGCUAACCCUCACCAGACACCAAAUCUGCUGACACCUUGAUCUUGGCCUUCCCAGCCUCCAGACCUGUGAGAAAUAAACGCUUGUCGUUGAAGCCACCCAGUCCGUGGUAAUCUUGUUAUAGCAGCCUAGGCUGAGGAAGACAAUCAUUAUGCAUUCUUUUUCCUUUCUCUGAACUACCCAGAAUGUACCCAAACAAUGCUACUAUUAAAAUUUGAAAGACUCUUAGAACCAUAAGAACACCAUCUAGCUAAAAUAAACAGCAAAUAAAAUAACACAACUAAGCAAAUACUUAGAAAUUCAAUUUUAAAUAUUUAUUUUAGCAACCCGUUUUCAGUUAUAAGGAGGAUACAAGAUAGUUCACAUUUCAAGAAACAUUUUUUCUUAAACAAAAAUUUGUAAAAAAUAAAUGAUGUCUAAAAAUAAGUAAUGAGGUGUUUGUUUUUUGAGGGAAAAUAGGAUCAGGACUAGGGAGAAUAAAGCAAUGAUCCUAACAGUGCUGCUUGUAUGUAGGUCUUUCUGAAUUGCAGUCAUGAGCUGCAUAAUGAUGUUUUGGUCAACAAUGGAUGGCAAGUUAGGACAGUAGUCCCAUAAGAGUUUAAUGGAGCUGAGAAUUUUCUGCCGUCUAUUAUUUUUUGCUGUACCCUUUAGAUGUGUUUAUAUGCAUAAAUACUUUGCAAUUUAUUUGCUUACAGGAUUCAGUACAGUAACAUGCUGUUCAUGCUGGUAACCUAGGAGCAUGGGAUAUACCACAGAGUAGGUGCAUAAUAAACUAUGCCAUCUAGGCUUGUGUGACUGUACUUCAUGAUACUCUCAGAGUAGCCUGUGACACAUUUCUCAGAAUGUAUCCCUGUCAUUAAGCAAUGCAUGACUGUAUGUAAAAUGAUAUGAGCAUGGAUUAGUGACAUUGGAAGAACAAUGUUAAAGUAACACAUUAUUGUACAGUAAGACACAGCAAAUUUAUGGUGGCCAUUCCUGUGCUCUUAUAAAACUGUGACUUAGGGGUAUCUUAACCACCCUACUCCCCACCCCCAGUGCACUACUGUGUGAGGACACCAGCACCCCAAACUCUCUAUCACCUUCUCACUGGGUCACUCAUUUGUGCACCCUUUGCCCACCAUCUCAGCUGAUGCUUCUUCCAUUUGGCUUGGACCUUGCCAACCUAGGUACCAUUUCUAGCUUUUUCUGACGUCUUACCUCCAGUUCUGAGCACUCCUGUCACAUCUUGAUUAGAUUCUAUUUGAGCUAUGAUAAAUUCUGAAUAAAAACGGUACCUGACUUAAACCAAAACAACCCUGAGACACAAGGGAGACAUCACUGCAGACUGCGUUAAAUAGAAAACAAGCCAACAAUCCAUUAUCAAGGACUUCAAGUCAACCUGUUUGGGCUUCAGCUUCUUUAGCUUCUUAUAGUUAUGGAGGAGAUAACUUCUAAGAUCCUCUGAUCUUUAUCUUUUGCCUUCAGAUGAAAAAAACUUCCUCAACCGCCACAAGAUAAGUUAGGAAAGUAUUCAUUCAGUAACCCCAGAGAAUUUGCAGUUCCAGUGUACCAGGCCCAGGGAUCCAGAGAACAAAGUUCCUGCCUUCACAGAGAUCACAGAACGGAGAACGAGUGCAAAGGUUUAAUGAAUACUGCAGGAGAACUUUGCCGAGAGCUGUUACCUGAGCAUAGUAGAGGGACAACUCGGGAAGGUAAGAGGGAGGUCAGGAAACUAUUCCAGGGACAGAGCUUUGAGCUAAGCUGCCAGGAAGGAGAGUAUAUAAAAAAGCAACCCCAUAGGACUUGUUUUCUAUAAUGGUAGGCAACUGGGAGCACCUUCCAAAUGGAAGCAAGCUCCUCACUGCAUGCAUUCAGGUGCAAAUAGAGCUGUUGAUUGAAUGGUUUCUGGGAACUCACACUAUAGAAAAUGCUUGGUGGAAUACUAGGUUCCUGACUCCCUGCACCCCGUCCCCAUGCAUGGAUCUCCAACCAUGUCCACAUCAUCUGUUUCCUUUACUCCCACUCCUGGGAUGCAGAAAGCAUCCAGGGAAGGUCCCAUGACUCUACCAUGGGUCCACGUAGUCAACAGGGCUCCUGCUGGCAUUGAUUUUUCUGUAAGUAUAUUGACCUUAGUGGCCCUUCUUAUUUCCAGCUUUGGCUCUUACAAGACCCUGCAGCUUUCCGUAGCACCUCUGCCUCCAAUGCUGACGAGAAAACUGAGGAAGGACCCAGCACCCCCUCAUUUACUAUCCCUUAUCAAAGGGCUUCUCUCUUCCCAUGGCUUCCUCAUCUUGGUACCUCCCUUCAUUCUAGAGGUGACCACCCUCCUGUGUUCUGGGUCCCUUCCCUUCUCAAUUCCUCUAGGUGGUUGCCUCAGCCAUUCUCUCCAGACUCUUGUUCCCCACCAGGUCCCUCUCUCCCAAUUUCAAAUGCAAGUGGACUAUCUAUCCCUUCUCCAAAAUGCUUGAGACCAGAAGGGUUUCCGAUUUCUGAGUUGUUUUGGAUUUCUGCAUAUUGGCAUAGACUUUACCAUCAUGUCAGCGUUUGACAAGUUUCUGAUUUUGGAGCAUUUCAGGUUUUGGAUUUUCUGAUCAAGGAUGCUCAACCUGCACCAUUCCAAAAUAGUUUCAUUCUACCCUGAAAUGAUUAUCCCUUGAUUGGGCUCCCUUACAGCUUCUAUCUUGUUUCAUAUUUCUGUGUCAACUUUGGUGGAUGGUACUUGACACCUCUUUUUUCUUACCUCCUAGUCCAUUGCUUCAAUCUCAGAUUCGGCGUCUGCCUUCAUGGUGUUCGGGAACCAUACCUUAGACAUCCUGUUACCAUUCCCUGCUUCCGAAGUUAACGGCAGUACCUUCAGCAUGACUCUGGUGGCCUCUUCCCCCUUUUUUGAAAAGCUGGAUCCUUUUGCUUCUUUUAUGUAAAUCUUUUCUAGCCUCAUUUGAUGAAUCUCUUUCCUCCUACCAAUCUGUGGAUUACCCUGAGGUUCUUCCAUGGUCCCUGGAUCUGGAGUGUCCUUCAGAGUCUCUUGUGGAAAGCAUGAGUCCCAAUGCAGAAGUUCAGAGGUGGGGCUUAGGCAGUGAUUGGACGAUGCGGGCUGUGACCUGUUCAGUGCGCUUCAGACUGAUCCAUUCAGAACUGAAUGGACUACUGGGAGGUGGGACCCAUUUGGAAGAAAUAGGUCACUACAGCCAUACCCUAGAAAGGUUUCUCUUCUCCCCAGCCACUUCCAUGAGUGCUCCCCGCCCCACUCGCUACUUCCUGGUCAACAAAUGCUGAGCAACCCACAAGCCUUUCCACCAUGAUGUCUCACCUCAGACCCAGAGCAAUGGACCCCAGUGAUCAUGAGCCAAAAUAAAUUUUUCCUCCUCUGA